UAUAAAAGGGUUUAGUAUCCUGGAAGGUGUUAUUUCACUACAGCUUCCCUGUAGGCGCUCCACCUAACUCUGCACCAUGUCUGAGAAAUUUGAAAUUCUGAACUUAGAGCUGAAGUCUGGAGAAACUUUAAAGCUGAAAGGAAAACUUCCAGGAGAUGCCAAGAACUUCUCCUUCAAUCUUGGCCGCAGCUCCAGUGAUGUAGGGAUACAUUUUAACCCACGUCUGAAUGAAAACACAAUUGUGUGCAACUCCAAGCGCAACAAUAGUUGGGAAUCGGAGCAAAGAGAUGGACACCAGUGCUUUUCCCCUGGGACAGAUGUCAAGAUCUCAAUAAAAUUCAACGGGGACAAGUUUGACGUGAAACUUCCUGAUGGUCAUGAGAUCUCAUUUCCAAAUCGCCACGGCUAUGAUAAACUCACAUAUCUGUCUGUCAAAGGUGACUUCAAGGUCACAUCUUUUAAAUAUGAAUAAUAAACCACUGGCUUCUUGCUACAAUAAAUAAUGUUUUUGCAACA